AUGAAGGCCGGCGGUAAGGCGCCCUUCUGGGCGAGCGACUUUUCCCAACGCGCUAUCAGGUCGCCCCUGGCUGCCUUCCUGGCGGCCGGGACCCUGACUUUCCUGCUCCUUCGUCAGAUUCGUCUCGGUCGCCAAGACCGCGACCAGCGCCUCAUGGCCACCAUCUACCAGCGGGAGUCGCCGGUGCCGGCGGCCCCCGGUGCCCUUCCACCUCCUUCCGAUAUCCCGCCCAGCGAAUAG